UUUUAAGAAUCAUGGACGAAGGGACUGUGCAGUCCCGGGCCCAAGAGCAGCUGGAGGCACCUGCGGCGGAGGGAGCUGUCCAAGAGAAGUGCGAGUCAGAGACCUUCAGGUCGAAGAGUUUACCAGUCCUGCACAGCGCCUCCUGCCGGCCGAAUCUCAGUGCUGGGAACGCAGAUGGCGAACUGGCCUUGGGCUGCAGGGAACCUUUGGGUCACCAGGAGAGGCAUCGAGGACCGAACCUGAUAGUCCCUAGCCCUUCUGCCCCAUCCACUUCGGCAGGGACUGCAGCCGAAGUCAUCGACUGCAACCACAGGAUGGACCCCAGCAAAACUCUGUCGGUGUCUUCUACUCUGGCUACACUCCAGGAGAGAAGGUGUCUCUAUGUGGUCCUCACGGAUUCUCGCUGUUUCCUAGUGUGCAUGUGUUUCCUGACCUUCAUCCAGGCCUUGAUGGUCUCUGGGUACCUAAGCAGCGUCAUCACUACCAUCGAAAGGCGCUACAGCCUGAAGAGUUCCGAGUCCGGGCUGCUGGUCAGCUGCUUUGACAUAGGAAACUUGGUCGUGGUGGUAUUCGUCAGCUACUUUGGUGGCCGUGGGAGAAGGCCUCUAUGGCUGGCGGUGGGUGGACUUCUUAUCGCUGUCGGGGCUGCGCUCUUCGCCCUACCUCACUUCAUCUCGCCUCCCUACCAAAUCCAAGAGUUGAACGCUUCGGCCUCCAACGAUGGCCUUUGUCAGAAUGGCAACUCCACGGCCGCCUUGGAGCCUCCUCCCUGUCCCAAGGAGUCGGGAGGAAAUAAUCACUGGGUCUAUGUGGCUUUAUUCGUUUGUGCGCAGGUUCUCAUUGGCAUGGGCUCCACACCGAUUUACACCCUGGGACCAACCUAUUUAGAUGACAACGUCAAGAAAGACAACGCAUCCUUGUACCUAGCCAUCAUGUACGUCAUGGGAGCACUUGGCCCCGCAGUAGGAUACUUACUAGGUGGGCUACUCAUUGGUUUUUACGUCGAUCCCAGAAAUCCUGUUCUCCUUGAUCAGAACGACCCUCGUUUCAUCGGAAACUGGUGGAGUGGAUUCCUCCUUUGUGCCAUUGCCAUGUUUCUUGUGAUAUUCCCAAUGUUUACUUUUCCAAAAAAGCUUCCGCCUCGACACAAGAAAAAGAAAAAGAAAAAAUUUUCUGCUGACGUCGUUAGCGACGAUGACGUCAUCAAGGAGAAAUCAAACACGAGUGAACAAGUGAACAAAAAGGUUUCCUCAAUGGGCUUUGGAAAGAAUGUCAGAGACCUCCCAAGAGCAGCUGUCAGGAUCUUAAGCAACAUGACAUUCCUUUUUGUGAGUUUGUCAUACACAGCUGAGAGUGCCAUUGUCACCGCUUUCAUUACCUUCAUCCCCAAGUUCAUCGAGUCCCAGUUUGGUAUCCCAGCUUCCAAUGCCAGCAUCUACACUGGUGUCAUCAUUGUCCCCAGUGCUGGUGUUGGCAUCGUCCUGGGAGGCUACAUUAUAAAAAAAUUGAAGCUUGGUGCGAGAGAAUCUGCUAAAUUAGCGAUGAUCUGCAGCGGGGUGUCUUUGCUGUGCUUCUCAACCCUGUUUAUUGUGGGAUGUGAAAGCAUUAACCUAGGAGGCAUCAACAUCCCGUACACGACAGGACCUUCUCUGACCAUGCCCCAUAGGAACCUGACAGGAAGCUGCAAUGUUAAUUGUGGUUGUAAAAUACACGAAUAUGAGCCAGUCUGUGGAUCAGAUGGAAUCACGUACUUCAACCCAUGCCUGGCUGGCUGUGUUAACAGUGGCAAUCUUAGCACCGGGGUUCGCAAUUAUACCGAGUGCGCCUGCGUCCAAAGCCGACAAGUGAUCACCCCGCCCACAGUGGGCCAGCGCAGCCAGCUCCGUGUGGUCAUCGUGAAAACCUAUCUCAAUGAGAAUGGCUAUGCUGUGUCUGGGAAGUGCAAACGCACCUGCAACACCCUCAUCCCCUUCUUGGUCUUUCUGUUCAUAGUUACCUUCAUCACAGCCUGUGCCCAACCGUCAGCCAUCAUAGUGACACUCAGGUCCGUGGAAGAUGAGGAAAGGCCCUUUGCGCUGGGAAUGCAGUUUGUUUUGUUGCGAACACUUGCGUACAUUCCUACUCCGAUUUACUUUGGAGCUGUGAUUGACACCACCUGUAUGCUCUGGCAGCAGGAAUGUGGCGUGCAGGGGUCUUGCUGGGAGUACAACGUGACGUCGUUCCGUUUCGUCUACUUCGGUUUGGCGGCUGGCCUCAAAUUUGUGGGCUUUAUUUUUAUUUUCCUGGCCUGGUACUCUAUCAAGUACAAAGAAGAUGAACUGCAGAGGCGGAGGUGCAGAGAAUUCCCACUGAGCACUGUGAGUGAGCUAGUGGGCCAGCCCAACAAAGCAGAGAAAUACGCCCGGACUACAUCCUGCCCGGCCUUCAGCACCCAGGCGGAAUUUCAGGAAGAAACUGGUCUGCAAAAGGGAUUCCCGGGCACUACACAGACCCACCCUGGGCCUUUCCCAGAAGCAAUAAGUUGCUCUGCAGAUCCCGGGCUGGACGGGAGCCCCAGUUCUGCUCUGUAGCGUCCCUGCUGAAGCCCGGAAAAGGAAGACAUGUUUUGUUGGUUGAGUUGAAUAUGGCGAGUUGAGAAACACCUGUGCCUUCUUACUUUCUUUUUUAAAAACCUCUACAGACACAAUCCUCAAACCAACAAAACUCAGUCUACACAGCCUCUGUUGUUUGAGGGCUGGAUACCUCAACCAGACUGACAGCUUCCCCCUCUCUUUUUCCAGGGAGGAGCUUAGAUACAUCGGUUACCACUUUCGCUGGGUUCACUUCAUGCUCACACUCCUGUUUGGUAGAAGCCUGAGGCCCGUGGCAAACCAUGGGCAAUGCUGUGACCAUGCAUAUCAUUAGCUUACCCUCCAGAGGGAGGUGAGCUUGACCAUGACUUUGCAUCAGCAAGGCGGAUUUCUUAGGUUUGAACACCUACUGUGGGUUCCGCUCCAAAGCACAAUUUGCCUCAACUAUGCAAUCUGAUCGGAACGAUAGAAGUGUGGCGUGCCCCUUUGGCUUUCCGAGAAUAAAGCAGAUGUUUUUGAUAAUUGGAAGCUGAAUGUUCCCUAAAGCGCUGUGAAAAGCAUUUUAAGCCAUAGCAGACAUAUCAAUCAGGUAGAAAAACUUCAAAUGCUUCAAAGAACUGUA